CAUUUGAGAACUUCGGUUUGGUGACGGUUAAAAGAUUUUUUAUUAAAAAGAAAUCGUAAAAUAUCUUCCAAAAUGCGUAUGUUUGGAGCUUUAUUUGUUAUCAUGAUUUUGGCAUUCAGAGUACACAUCGGAGAAGGAUAUUGUGUUGCUAAAGAAGAGAAACCUUGUACUAUAAAAAUUAACUGCGAUAAUAAUAUCUUUGAUCUGUAUAAUAACAUAGAGACAUGUUUUUGUAUUAGAAAUUAUGGAUGGGGAAGUACACUAACACUAAUAGACUUAACUUUUCAAAAUGUUGAUUUAGAUGAGGAGUGGCAUUCCUUGAAAAACUACAGAAAUGAUAUUGAUAAUUAUGUGAACAGGUUAUCUUUAGCCAAUAUAAACAAUAUACCAAAUCAAAUGACCGCUUAUUCAAAUUUGAAAGAGAUAAAUAUCGUAAAGAGUAAAUUACAGAAAUUAAACAUGGACAUAUUUUUGAAUUUACAUCAACUACACAUAAUAAAUGUGACACAAAAUAUUCUUUUGUCUAGUUUGGAGAAUACAAACAUUAUUGUAAUUGAUAACAGUCGAAGUAACGUCGAGACAAUAGACUUGAGUCACAAUGCAAUAGCUGCUCUUCCAAAUAAUUGUUUUAGUAACUUCCCGCAGCUGAAACAUUUACAUAUUUCCCACAAUUUCAUUAGCAACUUCAAUAUACUAACAUUUGAAGGCAUGUCCUCGCUUAUUACAUUAGAUGUAUCGCACAACACCCUAAUCGAAAUCGGUCACAACUUCGCAAGAUUUAUUAACUUACGUGAGAUAUCCCUUGGACAUAACAAUCUAACUUCUAUAUUGGAAACGAAUUUCAAAAUGAUGACAGAAAUAGAAAAGAUAGACUUAAAUUCCAACCAAUUACAAGUCAUUGAAGAAGACGCAUUUGAAACUCUCGUGAAUCUUGAAGAAAUCGAUUUGAGCUACAACAGAAUCACAAAAAUUUGCCGUAUGACGUUCCACAAUAACGCCAAAUUACACAAAAUUCUUCUGUCAGACAAUAACAUUGACAACAUAGAUCAUGAAGCUUUUAUAGGAAAACAUGUUUCGACGUUUAAUAUUAAUAAUAAUUGUCUAACUGGUGUCGUAGAAAUGCAUUCUUUUGAUGGAAUAAGCACGGACAUUUUAGAUUUAAGUGGUUCAAAAAUAACAUCACUCGAUCCUGAAGCAUUCUCAGGACUCCAAACUAGAGUUUUAAAUUUAAGCACAAAUAUUUUGAGCGAGGUGUCUGUAACGUCAUUCAAAUCUGUGCAUUCCCUUGAAGAUUUAGAUCUAUCCAACAAUAAACUGAGAAACAUUAAUUUUGAUAUAUCAGAUCUCACAGAACUAUCUAGUUUUAGUGCUCGAAAUAACACAAUAACAAACAUUUCUACAUCGUUCUUUACACAACUUGUGUCACUAACUAAAUUAGAUUUGUCUUUCAACAAAAUACCUCAUUUAGAUGAUCAACUUUUAUCAAGGCUAAGAAAAUUAGAGUUUUUAGACAUUAGUCACAACAACGUGUUGAAAAAUAAAUUACACUCGCGCACUUUUGAAGGUUUAUUUUCCGUAACCAAUAUACAAAUAACAAAUACUCGAAUCACGUCUUUUGAAAAUGGGACAUUUUCCCAUUUGAGUUUUCUUAAAAUUAUAAACGCCAGUCACGGAGAAUUGGCUAGUUUAGGAUUUGAAACAUUUAAAGACUCAGGAUCUAUAGAAAUACUCGAUCUGUCUAAUAAUUUAUUGGAAAACUUUUUCGUAAACGGCACAAGUAUAGCAUCAGUCGCAGAAUUAUAUUUGUAUGGCAAUAAAAUAAAAAAUAUUACAUCUGAACCGUUCUCGCACUUGGUGCAUCUUAAGAAAUUGAAUUUAGCUAAUAACAAUAUUGCUAGAUUUGAUCCAAAACUAUUUCCUUCGAUAACAAAGCUUGUUGUCUUGGACCUUUCGUCUAACACUGGCAUAGAUUACACCGGCACUUUUGACUAUCUAGCGCAACUAUAUGAAUUGUCGCUUGCUAAUGUAGACAAACAAUUCGACUUUGAACAUGUAAUCAACAAAAUCAUUAAGAACCUCGAUUUAUCUUGUAAUAAUAUUGACAACUUAAAUUCGAUGUUUAUUUCUAACAUCCAAAAUGUAGAGAGUUUAAAUUUAAAGUCGAAUAAAAUACCGUCUAUUAAUAAGUUGUCGUUUCAAAAUAUGCAACAGUUAACGUAUCUUGAUUUGAGUUUCAAUUUGAUAUCAUUUAUACAACCCGGGUCCUUCCUCCACACGAACAAUAUACGAUAUCUGAAUUUGCAUAAUAAUGCAUUGACGUCUUUGCAGGUUAGUGUUUUUGAGGGGCUUAGCCACCUAGAGACGCUCAAUUUAUCAAAUAACGCCUUACGGGAAUUUGGGAAUAAUGUUUUGCACAACAUACCUCACGUGAAAACAAUAGCCCUCGAUAAUAACGAUAUUGAAAACAUACAAUUUAAAGACUUUGCUUUUUCUGAAAUCCAUGAGGUUUACCUAGGAAACAAUCCAAUAUAUUGUCACACGCUCAUCGAGUUUAAGCAAAAUAAAAUAAAUCUUCCGGGAUAUCGUUUCAAUGUUUUGGCGGAGAGUUUAGAUUUUUACCAUGAAAAUGUAGAUGGGGUUACGUGCAAGUCGGGUGACGUGAAUAGUAGUAUUGUUUGGACUGAAAGUAAAGGGCAUUUGAAUGAAACAGCCGCCAUUCUCGCUAUCGCCAAGGCGAUAGAGAGCCUUCGAGACUUUAAAGAUAAAUCGCGUGCUUUGGUAUUCAAUGAUACAUUACUUAAGACGACUAUAGACAUUUUAAAAUCAAUGGACUCGCACUUAAUAAAAAAUACAAAUAUGACAAAUGUACAUUUUUCCUCAAUCGAAGAGCAAUUAAGAAAAAUAACAAGAAAAACUGAAAAUUCUAUGAAAAUUAACGUGAACGGAACGACAGGCGAACAUUAUUAUUACAUAGAAGAAAAAAUACAAGCGUUGAUGGAUGAACAAAAAAGAAAUGAAAAAAAUAUAGAACAAUUCCAGGAAAUGCUACAAAAUCUGCAAAAUGAACUGUACAAAAAUCAGCUCGGAACACGAACUGUAAAAGGGGAAUCAAAUGAGGAUGGUGUGAAAGGAUUGCUAUAUUUCAUAUCUGUAAUGAUUACUGUGCUGUUGGUCAUGAUAGGAGCAAUAAUGUUGUACAAGUAUGUAAAGGCAAAAAGUAUUUUCGGUGUCAGUAGAUUGCGCGGUAGCACACAGCCCAGUUCCAUAGAGUUACAGAACAGCUAAGUAAUACAAUCAAUCAGCACAAAGACUUAUAAGUAAAGGACAUGUAAUUACAAUCAAAGAGCA